AUGGCUAACCUCAAUAGGAGGCAGCCAGAGGAAGAAACUUCAGUGGCGCAAGCAACAGAACUAUUACCUAGAAUGGCAAUGCCAGCAGUAGACCCUGACAGUAUCCAGCAAGGGAUGGCACAUUUCUGUAAACACAACCCACCAUCAUUUGACAGAGUGUUUGACGUCCAAGUGGUAGAAGACUGGAUUAACUGCUUGGAGAAGAUUUUUAAAAAUACUGAACUUAUCCUGGAUGCUUGGAACACGAGGGUGACAUGGGAAGUGUUCCUCGAGCAAUUCUAUGAGAAAUAUUUUCCAAGGUCAGUCAGGGAUGAAAGGGAAGCAGAAUUCUUGACCUUGAAACAGAAGGAUAAUGAGCCAUUUGACGAGUAUUUAGCUAGGUUUAUCCGUCUCUCCCACUAUUCUAGUUACCUACGUUACCGAGAUGAUGAGCGGUGGAUGACGGAGAAGAUGGUUCGAGGACUGAGGCCAUCUUUGAGGGAGAUGAUUGCUCCCAGACAAUUUGAACAAUUCAACAAGGCAGUGGAGGCCUGCCGAAUCACAGAAAGUAGCUUAAACCAUCACAUGAUAGUCAAGACAACUCCUAGAGCAGAGAAGGGAGGUCAAGGUGGCACCUCCUCAAAUGCCAAUAGGAAGAGAAGGAGGCCAUGGGAUAAUCAAAAGAAUAAGAAAGGAGGCAAGCCCUCGAACGACAAAGAAUGUCCAACGUGCGGCAAGAGUCACGGUGAUAGAUCGUGUAUGGCCGGGCAGAAUGUUUGCUAUACUUGCAGCAACCCCGGACACUUCUCGAGAGAAUGUCCACAGAACACGGAAAAGGCAAGGCCACGCACCCAAGGAUGA